GCCAAAGAUCAGGUCAUGCUCGGAACUGGAAGCUCGAAUUCGGAAGUCGUCAAACCACGCAACCGUCGAAGAACGCUCUCCGCUCACCACACCCAACCGCCGCAAAACCGAAAGCAACGAGUGAACAAAAUGGCGAUCGCACCCAUCACUGGCAUGCUCCGCCGGGGCCUCCUCACCGAUCUCAGCAUUGCGGUUGGCCUCGGAUUUGCCAUGGCCAACACCUUCUGGUACGGCUUCCACGUCCCGCGCACCGUCGCCCGCGACAACUACUACCGCAAGCUGGAGGAGGAGCGCGCCGCGAGGCAAAAGGCCUAGGGUUCCGUUGCGGAUGACCGACGGCACAAUGGCGGCGGCGUAGCGUGCAUACGACCGGGACGAGGGGGGGCGUUUGUUGCGCUGGGGAAGGAGGCCGGCGGAGCGGGUUGUUGUGUAUCAUACGGAUAGACAGGGCCGGCAAUUGAGUCAGUGGGCAGAUCUGUGUCCGUUUUCCUUGAGUGUACUAGCGCCAGAGAUUGAAGAAGGGGAAAUUUGAAGCGUCCACGGGUCUAGGUUAUGGAUUUAUUUAUUAUCUGUUGCAGCUGCCUGCGUUGUAUCGUAGGGACUGCGUGUGCCUUGUUUAGGAGGCGGACUGUGGUCUGCUGAUGCGGUGGCCGCAGCUGUUCCUUCCCAAGCUGUUGUCUCCGCCAUGAAGCUGCCGUUUUUGUCCUGACAUCUGCACUAUCGCAUCAGCACCGGCCAGUUCGCGGACUCCUGGACAUCCCGCUUCCAGUCGGAUAGCA